GAUCUCGCUGUAAACAUCUCAUUUCAUAAUUCAUUAUAACACAAUUUAUAUAACAAUAUCUCCAGCUGCUUAUAUAACACACAAUGUGUUUAAUGUGAACUUUCUAUUUAGUUUUUCUUCUAUUAAUUUUAAUUAUAAAUCCUAUUUGAAAAUAAUCAACGAGGUAAAUUUCCAGAUAUCUACCAGAUUCAUGGUGUAUGUUUGAAGAAUUAUUAGUAAUCAAUUUUUUCAAAUAAAAAUUAUAAACAUUAUAUAUUUUUAUGGUGUCAUUUUCUGGAGAUUCGGCAAUAAAUAUUUAAUAUUAUUAGUUAUUAAAAUGGCUGUGCCUGACAACGUGGGGAAAAAGUGCGAUUUCGAAACUGCGUUGGACAUAACUGGUUUCGGCAAGUACAACUUCGUUCAGCUGGCAGUGUGUUGUCUGCUAAUCCUGGCUAUGUACAUCGACAUCUUCGGCUUCUCUGUAGCCUUGCCCAGCGUGGCCUGCGACAUGCAGCUCAACACCACGCAACAGGGCCUGCUCUCGGCUGUACCACUAAUCGGUGUGAUGAUAUCCUCCUAUGCCUGGGGUCUCUGCGCUGACACUAUGGGCAGACGGAAGACUCUGCUGAUCGCAAUGCCGGUGGGAAUGCUACUGAAUCUAGGCGCCAGUGUUGCGCCGAACUACGCUUCUUUAGCUGUGCUCAAGUUCUUCUCAGCUGGCUUUACUUCAUCAGCGAAUGCAGCCGGUUUUGUUCUCCUUGGAGAGAGUGUUCCCGUCCGGUUCAGGGGAAGAUUCAUGUUCCUCAUGGCAAGCGCCACCAUGUACGUGCAAUUCAUUAUAUGUGUGAUAGCUCUACCAAUUACAAGUAUGUCUUUCACCAUUGAUGUCUCCUGGCUGGCCCUAACAUAUCGGCCCUGGCGAUUUCUGCUCCAAGUCAUCAGCAUACCGGGUAUCAUCGGAGUCAUUGGGAUGAUGUUCUUGAAAGAAAGCCCUAAAUUCCUCUUGAGCAAGGAAAAAGAGGAGAAUGCUCUUAACGUUUUGAGAGUCAUCUAUAGAUGGAAUAGAGGACUGGAUAAGGAUACAUACCCGGUGAAAUCAAUAUUCCUAGAGGAAGCAGCAAUGCCGGAUCAUUCCAACAAAUCGUUUCUGUGCAAGAUGUGGAACCAGACGGCGCCCCUCUUCCAACCUCCGCUCCUGAAAAACUCUCUCAAACUCUACUACAUCCUACUCUGCGCUUAUAUGACUUCCACAGGCUACACAAUGUGGGUGCCUACGAUGACGAACGCCUACUUCGACGGCGACGACAGAACUGGCAAGGUGUUCUGCGAGGUAGCCAGCACUGCUGCGUCGUCAACUAAUGCGUCGUCCACAACCGACUGCGACAGUGUCAUCAAGCCAAUGACUCUAUACGCAGUGAUGUGCUACUCUGGCAUAUCUGGCACCCUGAACAUCUUCCUGACCUUCAUAGUCGGACCUCUGGGGAAACGGAAGACCACCGUGUUGGUGUUCACCAUCGCAAUAGUCUGCGGCAUCGCUCUACUCUUCGUCAAGAUCCCGAUGUUGAGCAUUGCGUUGUUCUAUUUCUUUCUGUAUGUGGCGCUCAUUUUGGGAAACGUUAACACUUAUUUGGUGGAAUUGAACCCUACAUAUCUUAGAGGUAUGGCCACCUGUUUAUCUGUGGUGGUGGCGCGCGGGUUCGGCUUCUUCAGCGUGCAAUUGAUAGCGAGCCUGCUGGCCGACCACUGCACGCCCAUGAUCGCCGGCUACAUCGUGCUUAUUACAUCUGGAUUAUUCGUCUCAUUCUUCUUACCGCCAGAUAAACCGACGCACAAGGAUAAUACCGAAAUAACACAAUUAUAAUAUUUAUAAAUAUUAAAGAAUAUAAAUUGAAAAAUUAUCAUUAAGUAUUGAUAAUCUUUUGUAAAUAAUAUUUCAAUUAAAAAAUAAUAGGUAUAUUUUUAUAAAUUUUGUUAAAUUAAACUUGUAAAUACAUGACUUUUAGAUAGUAAAGUGAUUUUGUAGGUAAUUAUAAACAAUAAUAAAUUAAAAUAAUGCGACCAUA